GCCACGCUGCAGACGAGCUUGGCCUCUAAUCAGGUCUAGGCUGUCUCCCGGGGGGGGGCUAAGGUCAGCUGUGGACGGACACACGUACACACUCAGUCGCGUUGAUAUCAAUCCGUAAAAAACACGCGGAGCUCCUGUGUUUUUACUGCCUCGCAGCCUUUUGUCCGGCUCCUGUUGUCACGGCCGAGGAUGAGCAGCGCCCAGAGGACAAGCAGGACCACGCACACGCACACGCGUACACACAAAGAUAACGCUGCGGCGGACCGACGAACCCCGGUGAGCAGGAGGAGAGCUGUCAUCCUUUUCGCCGCCCGAUGACCUGCAGCUGUUUCCUGACUGUGUGAACGAUGACUUGGAGGAGACCCGACUGGUGGAGCCCCUGCUGACCCCUCCGGUCCCCCCCCCCCCCCCUCACACCAUUUCCUGCCAUCCUUGGCGUACCCUUUUGUUUUCCCCCCCGCCCCCCCCCCCGCCCCUGUUGAAGCGCUCGCCAUGGUGCUCAACGAGACCGGGACGGAGGACUGCGGCAUCGACGACUCCUUCAAGUACAACCUGUACUCGGCGGUGUACAGCGUGGUCUUCGUCCUCGGCCUCGUCACCAACUGCGCCGCCCUCUUCGUGUUCUGCUUCCGGAUGAAGCUGCGCAACGAGACCACCAUGUUCAUGACCAACCUGGCGCUGUCCGACCUGGUGUUCGUCUUCACGCUGCCCUUCAAGGUCUUCUACAACGUCAACCGCCACUGGCCUUUCGGAGACCGGCUGUGCAAGGUGUCGGGCACCGCCUUCAUCACCAACAUCUACGGCAGCAUGCUCUUCCUCACCUGCAUCAGCGUGGACCGCUUCCUGGCCAUCGUCUACCCGUUCCGCUCGCGCGCCGUCCGCACGCGCAGGAACGCGGCGCUGGUGUGCGCCGCCGUGUGGCUGACCACUGUCGGGGGCGGGAUCUCCGUGACCUUCUUCUCCACCACGAACAACAAGCACAAAGCCACCACGUGCUUCGAGGGCUUCUCCAAGAGCACCUGGCAGACCUACCUGUCCAAGAUCACCAUCUUCAUCGAGAUUGUGGGCUUCCUUCUCCCCCUCCUGGCCAACUUGGUAUGCUCCUCGCUCGUUCUGCGAACGCUGCGGCGUCCGGUGGCCGUCGGUCACGGCUGCAACAGCAAGAAGCGCGUCCUCCGGAUGAUUCUGGUCCACCUGGCCAUCUUCGUCGUCUGCUUCGUGCCCUAUAACUCCGUCCUCUUCCUGUACGCCCUGGUGCGGACGCAGGCCCUGGAUAACUGCGGCGUGGAGCGCUUCGCCCGAACUCUUUACCCCAUCACCCUGUGCCUGGCCAGCCUCAACUGCUGCCUGGACCCCGUGGUCUACUACUUCACCUCGGAGAGCUUCCAGAAGAGCUUGACCUCGGGCGGCAGAGGGUCCGGGUCUCGGCCCGAGAGUUUGCCCCGCAGCGACGCCCCGGACGCGGCGAACACUCUGCCCAAAGACACGCACAACGGCAAAGAGUCAAAGACGUCCGAGAGUCGGUUCUGAAGAAGGAAGAUGAAGGAGGACAGUGUUGGUUUGAUGGGAGCCCUGAAUUUUUUUAAAACAAAGCAAUCAGCUGUUUGUUCCUGGAAGUGACAAACGCAUAACUCGGCAGAUUAGUUAAAGUCCGGAGGUAAACCCCGAGGUAUGGCCUGGGCUUUACGGAUUAAUCCACCACUGGAGAGCGGAGGAAUGUAUCUGUGUGUGUUUUAUUAUGAGAGAACGCUCCGGGGAUCGGACACCCGGUUGUCCGGAGACACGCCGAGCCUCUAAAAGAGGCCGCGGCGUAACGCACAAACACGCACAACACGCACAACACGCACAACAUGCACCGUGGGCAGAACGGAGAGUUUCCAUCCGCGUUGUUGGAAUACGCCGUUAAGCACUCUGGAGCCCUGAAGUUGUAUUGUUGACGCUUCUCACAGCACAUUAUAUCCCGUUAGACCUUUAAUGUUCCGACACUCGUUAGCGCGGUGAGAGCCACCGCGAUUAUAACACAGGAAUGUGUCUCGUGUUUACGUUUGAGGCCAUUAAAUGUUUGUUUUGAAUCGCU